GCGGGACUUUGCCGGCCCACGGGCAGAUAGCCUCCGCGGCCUGUAAUCAAGGAUUCAUGCCAACGUUCAUGAUGAGAAAGGUUGAGUAAAUAUCAAUCGAGUCAACCUCAUUUUGCAAGUACUUAUAUCAAGAAUCUUCUUUCAUUUCCAUUUCAUAAUCCUCAUCCACACAGUCUUCACCAUGUCACAAGAAUCCCCAGAAUACACCUCUAUCCCGCGCGAAGAUGCCCUCGCCUUCGUACAGCGCAUCCUCGAAGCCCACGGCGUCUCCUCGACCGACGCAGCGACGGUAGCAGACAACCUCGUGUCGGCCGACCUGCGCGGCGUCGACUCCCAUGGCAUCAACCGCAUCCCCUCGUACGUUGCGCGCGUGCGCCAAGGCGUGCUAGACCCCAAAGCGCAACCCACCAUCACGCAGCCCACUCCUGUAGUAGCCCAGAUCGACGGACACAAUGCCUUCGGCGCCGUAGUGGCCAAGAAAGCUAUGAGCGCUGCGGUCGAAAUGGCACAGGUUUACGGGAUUGGCAUGGUCUCGUGCAAGCACAGCAACCACUUCGGCAUGUCGGCGUGGGUGGUGCAGCAGGCCAUCGACGCGGGGAUGCUGUCGCUCGUUUUCACAAACAGUUCGCCUGCGCUGCCGGCUUGGGGAGGGAGGGAGAUGUUGCUCGGUGUCAGUCCCAUUGCGUGCGGGGCGCCGGGGGAGCCGGUGCCGUUUAUUCUUGAUAUGGCGCCUUCGGUAGCAGCUAGAGGCAAGAUUUACAAGGCGAAAAGGAGGGGCGAGAAGAUUCCUGACGAUUGGGCGUUGGAUGCGGAGGGGAAGCCGACGGAUGAUCCCGCCAAAGCUUUGGAUGGAGGUGUCAUGUUGCCUGUGGGCGGGCCCAAGGGCUCUGCACUGGCGAUUAUGAUGGAUGUGUUCUCUGGUGUGUUGUCGGGUUCAGCGUUUGCCGGUCAUGUUGCAGGGCCUUAUGAUCCAUCCAGACACGCGGAUGUAGGACACUUCAUUAUCGCCAUGAAGCCAGAUCUUUUCGUGAGUGCGGUUGAGUUCAAGGCGCGGAUGAAAUAUCUGUAUGAGAGAGUGGUAGGCGCCGAGAAGAUGGUAGGUGUGGACCGCAUUUACUUCCCUGGUGAGAUUGAGAUCAAUAGAAACGAGGAAAGAUUGAAGACUGGUAUUCCAUAUGCCAAGGCGGAGAUCGAGGCAUUGAAUAAAGAAGCUGAGUCUAUAGGAGUGAAACCCAUUGUGUAGAUUUUGCUCCGAUUAUGGAUUUAUA